AUGCAGGAUACUGUGGGGGAUGAUGAGAAGGUGAAUGAUGGGAAUGAUGGGAAGAAAGACGAUGUAAAGGAGGACAAUGAGAAUGUGGAGGACGAACAGAAGGUGGAGAACGAUGAGAAUGUGGAUGAUGAUGAGAAGAUGGAUGAGGCUAAGGUUGAGAACGAUGAGAAGGUGGAUGAUGAUGAGAAGAUGGAUGAGGCUAAGGUUGAGAACGAUGAGAAGGUGGAUGAUGAUGAGAAGAUGGAUGAGGCUAAGGUGGAGGACGGUGAGAUGAUGGAGGAUGAACGAAAAGAGAACGAUGCGAAGGUGGAGGACGUAAAGAUGGAGGAUGAGGCUAAAGUGGAGGACGGUGAGAAGCUGGAUGGUGUGGCUAAGGUGGAUGAUGUGGAGGUUGAUCUGAAACUGAAGGUGAAGGAUGAGAAGAGUGUGGAUGUGAAGACACAGACAAAUGAGGAAAUUAUGGGAGGAGAUGACAAUGAUGACAAUGAUGAUUUCCAGUUAUACAAAACUCCUCCUAAAGGAAAUUAUGGGAGGAGAGUGAGGAAGCCGAAAAAAGAUGACUCGUACACCAACCCUUUCUUGUCAAAAAUGCCCAAGACAAAGGAUCCAAUGAAAGUGAAUCACCUUCAAAAAUUUGAAGAUGAGCUGCUGGAUAAAGUAAAGGCGUGGUUGGAUGAUCCACAAACCGAUAAUUUGACAACGGAUGAAAUCGAUGCAUUCUGCCAUCUUUUGCGGAAAAGGAUUUCCUACUAUCCCAAGACAUAUAAAAAUUCACAUGUGGCAAUUGAGGAUUGCUUAUUGGCGGACAGAAUCAGGCGAGAGCACAGGACUUUUAUUAAGGAUCCUGCUAACUAUCCAGUCGCCGAAUUCAAAGACUAUUACAUGGCAUCACCACAUAGAUAUAUGCCAGAAUGGUCAACAAUUGACGAUGUCUACAUGCCUGUGAACAUUAACCAGAAACACUGGAUUUUGUGUGUAGCACGUCUUCAAAAGUACCGCAUUGACGUGUACGACUGUGAUGCAUAUCUUUAUAAGAAUCUUGAUCCUUAUUUGAAACCCUUCUGCGACAUGAUUCCAUAUAUAUUCGCAAAGACAAUCACUCCUGAUGAGAGGGUAAGAUAUCCUAAAUUCAACUUCGAAGGCCCCAUCCAACCAAUGACUUACAAACGGUUACCACACCCCAAAGUGAAAACCGCUGCAGAUAAGGUUGGAGAAGUCCCACGGGCAACAGAGAGCGGGGACUGUGGGGUCUUCACGCUAAUGUAUAUGGAACACUUGACCGCUAAUCAACCCGUGCACAAUGUGACCUCAAAAAACAUGGGGUUUUUUAGGCAGAAGAUGGCGGUCCGGUUAUUCCAUCAGAUUAUGGAACCUUAG